UCUCUUCUUGGCUCUAAUUUUUUGAAGCUAAAUGGGUAAUUGUUGGGCUCCUCUUAGACGAAGUGAAGGUUGUUGCCUGAGAGCUGUUGACGCCAAGCCUGAUCAGAAAGUUUUGCAGGGGUGAAAAUGGAUGGAAGAAAUUAGAGUUCAUGAGAGCACCACUUCUUGUUAAAGAUAUAUUGGAGAAGUUUUCAGGGUCGGGUAUUGGUUUAUCAAAGACGGUUACACAGCAUUUCCCGCUUAACUACGAGUUGAAGAUAGGGAAGGUUUACUACAUUCUUCCUUCAGUUGAUCCAGUUGGAGAUCCAACUCCUGAAAGUAAUUCAUCCAUGGCUGAUACACGACAAGCCGAUGGUGUUAAGAGAAUAAAAGUUGUUAUAACAAAGCAAGAGCUUCAGCAAUUGUUGACGAAGCAAAUAUCGGUUGAGGAGGUUCUUGCAGGGCUCGAGAAUAGAAAUGGUAAUUUUGUUGUAUCUACUAGACAUUGGAAGCCAAAACUCGAAUCUAUCUCGGAAGAAAACGAGUGAUAGUUAAUAGAGUAACUAGAUUUUCAGCUGUUCCGCUAACUCUUUGAACUUCAGGGCAACAUAUAUUUUAGGUCCUGAAAAAAAGAAAGAUAUAAUCGAAUGGCCUGAAAUCACAAGAAAUUGUGGCGUAAACAGAGUUUAUCAUUUUCAUUCGCUUUCAGCGCAGCAUAAUUUUGCGAGUUUGAUAUUGUGAAACAAGAAUGAACAAUGAUUUUAUGAUAUCUUUCUUAGUUGUUAGUCUUUGCCUAACACUCAGAAGCUAGAACGUUGUUGCAUGUUAACAGGUCUAAUCACUACUGCAACGGGUUUUUCAUGUAUUCCCCUUUUCUUGACUUACUGUAGAUGUGAUAACAUUUCAGCAAAUAUUUGGAAAUUGAGAAUUUGUUAAGACCGAUUUGAUGCCCUGAGAAAUGGGAAAUUUCAAUUUCUG